AUGUAUCAAAAAAAUAAGCAACUACCUAACAUUAAAUUCUAUAUGUUUAUCCUUUUUAGUUGGAUAUAUCAUUUUUGGAAUGAUAUAAAUAGUUUUAACGAAUCUUUGGAUGAAAUCUGUAAAUUUGAUAAAAAAUUAUAUAUAGGAAAUAAUAGAUUAUUGGCAAAAUAUAUACAGAAUAAGGAUUUAAACAUUUCAGGAUUAAAAGAAAAUAUACCAUAUAAUACAGAUUAUGAAAAAAAAGAUAUAUACAAUAACGAAAGGGGUACUAGAGGAAAAAACAAACAGUCAAAUAGAAAUUUAUUAAAUAAGGCUGAAUACUAUACAGAGGUCGUGGAUUAUAAUAGUGGAAUGUUUGAUGGAAAACAUUUCCAUUUUGAAAAAAAAUGGAUAAAAAAAAAAGAUUAUGACACUUUUCUUGAAAAAAACAGAAGAAUUAAAAAUAUAGCUUUAAAAAAAAUAAAAUUUAGAAGUUACGGAUUUGGAAUUGCUAUAUUCUUUUUUUUCUUCUUAAUGGGAAUAGGGUUACCCAUAUUACGUGCGUAUGAAUCAAUUGAGGGGGCAUUUUUUACACCAUUUAAAACUUGUUGGGAAUUUAUAUAUGAAGGAUUACAUCUAGAAACAUUUAUACCAAAAAUAAAAAUACAAACAACAUCACAGGAAAUAAUACCAGGAGCAGAAUAUUUUUUUUUAGGAACAUUUGUUGUAUUUAUCAUUUUAUUAGCUGCUUUAAUUAUAGUAGCUAUUCCGAAAAUCUUGCGAAAUAAUGAAAAAUAUAAAAAAAUUAAGUAUAUGUCUGAGUGA